UUUGUUUUUAGUUUUACUUUAUGGCUCUCUGUGUCUUUCCUUCUGUCCCCUCUAUUUUACUCCUCCCCCUUUUACCAUAUCUAUAAAUAUAUGUAUAAAUAUAUCUAACUUCUCAUCUCACCCUUCCAUAAACCAGAAUCAUUCAGCACUUUACUGUUCCAUUGAUGACUCCUUAACAAACAUUACAUCAUCAUCUCUCUCUCUCUCUCUGUUUCUGUUUCUGUCUAAAUUUGUAUCUAUAUAUACAUAUAUACUGUGUUGGCCCAUUUCUUCCUUCCCACCCAUCAAUCUCUCUCUCUCUGCAAAAGGGGUUUUUUGGGGGUGGAAGAGGAAGAGGGGAGAAGGAGAAGAAUGGAAGUUGUUAAUCAAGAUGCAAAAGAGCAGCAAGGGAUAGCCAAAGGCAAGAGAACUAAGCGCCAGAGGCUUCAUUCUCCAAUCCCUUUUGCUGUUUCAGCCAAUUCUGAGGACUCCAACAACUUUGUGGCAGAAAAUAAUUAUGUGGGUGUGGCUCAGAAUCCCAAUUCUUCCCCUGCAACUGCCUCCUCCUCUGCUGCUGCUGUUGCUGCUGCUGAUCAAUUCCAAUACAACUCUACUGAGGAAGAAGAGGAGGACAUGGCCAAUUGCCUCAUUCUCCUUGCUCAAGGGAGAUCCCUUUGCUCCCCGAAGCGUGUCGCCGGAUCGUUUGUUAGCAACCGGAGGUUUGCGGAGAAUGCAGGCGUGGUUGGGACCGACAAGGGCGCUGCGGCUGCCGCGGGAGGGUGCUAUGGUUACGAGUGCAAGACGUGUUAUAGGACGUUCCCGUCGUUUCAAGCGCUGGGAGGGCACAGGGCGAGCCACAAGAAGCCUAAGGCCAUGGAAGCUGAAAAGAAGCUGUUUUUGUCUUCUGAUGAUGAGGAGAUGCAAUUCAAGAACAGCAAUAACAUCACACAUCCGCUCUCUCUGCAAUUGAGCCAGAGGGGUAAUUUGUACAGCAGUGGGAAGGCUAAGGUUCAUGAGUGUGCAAUCUGUGGGGCUGAAUUCACAUCUGGGCAGGCCUUGGGAGGCCACAUGAGGCGCCACCGCGCCAUGCCCGUCGGGACAAACACCGCUCUGUCUCUGACUCCAAUGCCCAUCGAACCUGAGGAUCAAAGACAACCAAAGAGGCAAAGAAGUGUGCUUUCUUUGGAUUUGGAUCUCAAUCUUCCUGCUCCUCAAGAACAUGAUCAUAGGGAAUCCAAGUUCAUGAUAAAGUCAAACCACCACCAGCAACAACAGCAACAACAGCACCAGCAACAGCAUAAUAAUAAUAAACAGCAACAACAGCAGCAGCAGCCACUUGUUUUUUCCACCAGGCCUUUGGUUGACUGUCAUUACUAAGGAUGGAUAAGAAAUUCUGAAAAUUUUUCCCCCUAAAAGAUUUUAUUUUCCCACCAUUCUUAUUGAUCAACUUGAUGUGAUUAUGUGAAGCCAUCUUCUCUUUUUCUUUUUCUUUUUUUUCCCUUUAUUUUCCCCUUUUCUUUGGAAAAUUUACCAUUCAAUGUCAUCAAAUUCUUUCAA